AUUCCAAGUGGUACAUUCCGUUUGACAGCUAGCUCAAGUAGCAGCAUCACACUAUCAGGGAUAAGAACUGCGUUAUUUAAGUGAAAGCUUUUUUGAUAUAUUGGUGCAACUUCAAAUUUAUUUAAAUCUAUUAAGUAUCACCAUGUCCACCCCAAAGAAAGGAGACUUGUCCCCGAGCGAAAAGGAAUUGUUUCAAGUUAUUUCUGCAGGUAAUGUUCAGGAAGCCUCCAGGCUGCUAGGCUGUAAGGAUGUUCGAGUUAACUGCCUGGAUGAGUAUGGGAUGACACCUCUCAUGCACGCUGCCUAUAAAGGGAAGGCAGACAUGUGCAAGUUGCUUCUCCAACAUGGAGCUGACGUAAACUGUAAUGAACAUGAACAUGGCUACACGGCACUCAUGUUUGCUGGACUGUCAGGAAAGACUGACAUCACCUGGAUGAUGUUGGAUGCCGGGGCAGAAACAGAUGUGACCAACUCUGUUGGACGGACUGCCGCUCAGAUGGCAGCUUUCGUUGGUCAGCACGACUGUGUCACUGUAAUCAACAACUACUUUUCUCGAGCCAGGCUGGAUUACUACACUAAGCCACAGGGUUUGGAGAAGGAACCAAAGCUGCCACCCAAACUGGCUGGACCUCUGCACAAGGUCAUCAUGAGCACCAACCUGAACCCUGUGAAAUUGGUGAUGCUGGUGAAGGAAAACCCGUUGCUCGCAGAGGUGGAGGCUCUGGACAAAAGCAGAAGAGUGAUGGAGCUCAUCUGUGAGAAGUGCAUCAAGCAGCAGGACAUGAACGAGGUUCUGGCGAUGAAGAUGCACUACAUCAGCUGCGUGCUGGGGAAGUGUGCCUCCUUCCUGAAAGACCGUGAGGAUAAGCUGGACGGCCUCAUAAAGAGUUUGCUGAAAGGUCGGGACAGCGACGGUUUCCCAGUCUUUCAGGAAAAGUUCAUCCGCGAGUGUAUACGCAAGUUCCCGUACUGCGACGCCACGCUGCUGCAGCAGCUAGUGCGGAGUAUCGCUCCGGUGGACAUUGGAAACGACCCCACAGCUCUGUCAGUGCUGACUCAGGCUAUAACGGGUCAGGUUGGCUUCAUGGAUGCAGAGUUCUGUACCACCUGUGGGGAAAAGGGAGCCGAGAAAAGAUGCUCCAUCUGUAAAAUGGUUAUCUACUGUGGCCAAGCGUGCCAGAAAAUGCAUUGGUUCACCCACAAGAAGGUUUGUAAGAAGCUCCAAGAGGAGCGAGAAAAGCAGGAGGUUGAAGCGGCCAGACUGAGGAUGCAGCAGAGUAAAGAGGAAAGUAGCGUUCAGGAGGCUGCAGAUUCCAUGCAGGAGCUCUCUGUAGAAACCAAGAGUGACGAGACUCCCUCAGACUGAGAAACACCCGAACAGCCUGAUUUCAGGCACCACCAUCUUCA